AUGGCGGUAAAAACCGAUAUGAGCAAGGCGUACGAUCGUCUGAAAUGGAAUUUCAUCGUAGCGGUCAUGGAACGACCGGGCUUCCACCCCAAGUGGAUCAACUGGGUCCUCCAAUGCAUCUCCACAGUCUCCUACACCUUCCUCAUUAACGGAGCCGCCCAAGGUCAGGUCAUCCCACAGAGAGGCAUCCGUCAAGGAGACCCUCUCUCACCCUUCAUCUUCAUUCUAUGCGGAGAAGUCCUCUCCGGACUCUGCAAAAACGCUCAAGUCAGUGGAACCUACCAGGUCUAA